GCACAUACCACCACAGACAUCAACAUGUUCCAACCUCUCACACUCGCAGAGGUCGAGAAACAGAUCCCACGUCAAUAUCAAACCGAGAUCUUUACCCAAGCACAGCAGAACAACGUCAUCGCCGUGAUGGACACCGGCACAGGCAAGACGCUGAUCGCGAUCACGCUAAUCAAAUGGAUGACAACGCGUCUGCGCGCUCCGGGCGAGGCGCGCAAAGUCGUCGUGUUCAUCGUUCCUAAGGUGCCGCUGGUAGAACAGCAACGCGAGGCCAUCGCGCAACAGACGAGCUUGGAAGCUAGGGGAUAUUAUGGCGCUCUUGAUGUCGAUUAUUGGAAGCGCGAGCAGUGGGCGAAGGAGUUUGACGAAGCGGACGUGCUGGUUAUGACCCCCCGAGUACUGUAUGAUCUCCUGAGUCAUGCGCAUUGGAGCGUUGAUCGGAUAUCGCUCUUGAUAUUCGACGAGGCGCAUCAUUGUCGUAAGAACAACGACUACAACCAGAUCAUGCGCGAUCAUUACCAUAAAUGUGAUCCGGCACGGAGGCCAAAGGUCUUCGGUAUGACAGCAAGUCCGAUCUGGAAUGUCAAAAAUCCUGCUGACUCGCUCAAGGAGCUGGAACGGAACAUGAAUUCUAGAGUUCUGGCAGUGAGAGACAACAUUGACGAGCUGCAUAAGCAUGCGCCGAAGCCUAAGGAGAUCGAGGUCAUUUACGAUAGCACGCCCACAUCGUGGCUCGCAUAUCCUUAUCCUACUAUGAUCAACCCGAUCAUGAAUGCCGAACGCCUGGUUGUUCGGGAUUCUGAGAGCAAGCGAUUUCGGACCAGGUACGAAGCUACCAUGGAGUCCGUCGGUAUCAUCGGGGCGGAAUACUAUCUCUCCGCUGUCGUCCCCCGAGCGAUCGAGUCCCUCGUGCUGAACAAACGGCGUGAGCUAAGCACGCUCCGCAAGCUGCUCUCUGUCGAUGACCCAGCGCCCGGAAUUGCUAAAAUAAACGGGCAGAUCGAGGAGCUAGAAGGGAUCAAGGCUCUUCUCGUUCAACAAUCCGCCCAUUUCUUCGCGCAAUCUCUCGAAGUUCGACCAGAAUGGCUUGCACCUCGCGUUAUCCGACUUGCAGAGAUCCUCCAACAAUGCUAUACGGCCGACCCGGCGUGUCAAUGUAUUAUCUUCGCGGAACAACGUCAGGUGGUCAUGGUCCUCAGCUGGAUCCUGCGUCAUAUCUCGUACCUCAGAACGAUGAUUCGUCCGACUUUCAUCACAGGUCACGGAGGAUCAACGCAUCGUUCAAUGAGGGACCUAGAAGAUGUCCAAGGCAUGUCAGUCAAGGAGCAGCAAGUGGCCGUGCGUCAUUUCCGCGACGGCAAGGCAAACCUCCUCGUCGCUACGAGCGUCGCAGAGGAAGGCUUAGACUUUCAGCCCUGCAAUCUCGUCAUCCGAUUCGAUGCACUCAAGACGAUGGUUUCGUAUGCUCAAUCUCGCGGUCGCGCAAGGCAGAAAGCAUCGACGUACAUCAUCAUGCGGCGUUCUGUUCCUACCGAAGCCGAUAAAUACACGCAGUUCAUGCGUGCAGAGCCUCAGCUGAAAGAAGCAUAUCAGAAACGCGCGAUUCAAGAUGGUGAGAUUGACGAUGAUGCUGGGGAAGACGUGAGCGAGAGCGAUCUGCGACUUCGUGAGGUGUAUACAACUUCGACUGGAGCAAAGCUUACCUAUGGGAACGCGAUCGCCCUCAUCAGUCGGCUUUGCGCGGUGCUUCCUAUUGAGCCUGGACUGCCUGUGCUGAAGCCUAUGUACGGGUUGAUCGACGGAGCGAGCCCAUCUCCAGACCCGGCGUACCCACUCGGCUUCGGCUUCUCCAACACUCUAAUUCUACCCUCUGCCUUGCCUUUGCCUCGCGACCAACUUCAUCGGCAGGGUCCAUACCGACAGAACAAAAGAGAGGCCAAGCGUGCGGUGGCAUUUGACGCAGCGCGAUCUCUUCAUCAACUGGGUUGUUUCGAUGACUACCUCCUUCCGCUUCAAGAGAACAACGACAGAGAGGGUGUCGAUGCUGAUGGAGAGCAAUUCAAACCCCUGGAUGUGGACGACGUAUUCGAGUCAACUGCUAUUGAUGCAUGGGGUGAUCCGUGGCAGGAAGGACAGUCACUCUUCUGCUAUCCUCUUCAGUUUGAGACAUGCAUUGUGGCCGGUCUGGUGACUUGCGCAGUAUUUGAUCUGAACGAUGUGAACGAACCGACUGGAAUAGCCACCAACAUCCCACGACUCGACAGGGUCGUCGUCCUCGAAUUCAACAGCGAAGAUCAACGCAAAGAACAACUUCAACUCAUGGAGAAAUAUACCAUCUUUGCCAAGGAAUGGGCUAUUUCUCGACGACCUUUCGAGGGAAAGCUUUCCUGCUUCUUUGUGAAGCUCACUCAAGAUGGUCUGCCUGAUUUCAUUGCGAUGCAGCGGGCCCUUGAGUCUCCUCUUUCGGUGGAUUGGCGCCGGAACUGGACUGAAGAGUCACGACUCAUUGUAAUGGAGAAAACUAGCUGGCUCCGCGCCUAUUGCUUGCUAAGCGUAAGGAAGGAUAUUACGCCAUCUACUCUCUUAUCAUCGAUUGGGCGAGAUUGUUGCGAAGCUGGAUGCACCACCUAUCUUGAACAUUACACGUUACUCGAGAAGAACGUUGAAAAAAAGAAGGAUGCAAAAGCCUUAAAACAGGACAAGGAGGUCGUUCGCAAGCCGAGCAGCUUUCCACCCUUGUCACCAGACGAGCCGAUGGUAGUCUUGCUACCGGUGCGAAAGAGAAAAUCGGCGGACUCGGAAUCGGAAUACUUGAUUCCCUCAUCUUUCAUCAAAAGCGUCUCGUUGGAAGACGAACUGUUCCGUGUCGUCGAAACUUUUCCCUCCCUGCUGCGGCAAAUUACUGCCGUAGUACGGGCACGUGCGGUAAUAAACCUCCUCAAGCUGCCACCCUAUCCUGUUCCUCGCUUUGCAGAAGCACUGGUCAUACCGGGAGUUGUCCCCAAGUACAAUUACGAUCGAUUGGAAUUCCUUGGGGACACCUUUUUGAAGCUCGCUACAUCCAUUCACAUCUUCAAUAAGUACCCCCAUAGACACGAGGGUCAGUUGAGUGUCUUGAAAGAUGGAUCCGUCCGCAACACAUACCUCAGAGGAAAGGCAUAUCGAUUGGGUAUCUACCAUUACAACGUUACCGACAAAGUUUGUGGUCCUAAGCGGUGGAUGCCUCCCGUCACGACUCACACGACGCUAGAUGGUGUCAUCCCAUACGUCAAACAAACUUCUCUACGCCGAUGUCUUUCCGAUUGUGUGGAGUCUCUGCUCGGAGCUGGCUAUCUGUGCGGUGGACUGGAUGGUUUGCUGAGAACAGGAACUGCCAUCGGCCUGUGCUUUGGUGGCAUGGAGCCGUGGUCACAUCGCUAUACUGGAGAUAGUCCGUCCUGCGGUGCGUCGACAAGCCUGAGGCUGCUGCAGGAUACGCUCGGGUACGAGUUUCGUAAUCCCUUGCUGCUUUUGGAGGCUCUCACGCACCCGACCUUUCCUGAUUCUCAAACGCCUUCGUAUCAGAGAUUAGAGUUCUUAGGCGACGCUGUUGUUGAUGUCUUCAUUGUCGACUAUCUAUUUCAUAAGUUCCCAGCGUGCACCGCACAUAAACUGACGUGGAUGAAGCAUCUCAUCGUUUGCAAUUCACUCCUCGGUGCUGUUGCCAUUCGUGAAUUAGGUCUCUAUAAGCACAUGCUCUAUAUGGCCCGUCGUCUCGACCUUGAGAUCACUUUAUCUGUCAGGGUGCUGGAACCCUUGUCUUAUCAGGAACUGGCGGAAAAGUGGUGGGAAUUCGAUCCACCCAAAGCACUUAAUGACGUGCUUGAAGCUGUGCUUGGAGCUGUUCUGGUGGACACGAAUUACGAUUUGCAGCUUUGCAGGCCUGUUCUCGAGCGCUUGUUCAAGGACAUACUGCCAUUGGCCCAUCCUGAUGUUCCGCUUCAUCCUGUCAUGGAGCUGUACAUGUGGGCUGCGAGGAAAGGAUGUACUCGUAUUCGCUUCGAAAAAUCGCGUCAAAGGGACGAAAGCAACUCAAAAGACACCUUUCAUGUUUUGGUUCAUGACACUGAGAUUUCUCGCAGUACAGGGGACAGUCUUUCGAUAGCCAAGUGCUUCGCUGCUUAUGAAGCAAAAGCCACACUGAGCGACCCGACGAGUGACAAGGCACUGCACAAGCAUUGUAAUUGCGAGGAACGAAGAACGGAAGAAGCUCGUCUGCGCGAAGAGAAGAAAGCCCUUAAGCGCAAGGAGAAGGACCAGGAGAAAGCCAAACUCACGGGGAAGAACGUGCAUAUCGACAUGUCUUCGCCCAAGAAUGAUGGUGCUUACUUGGUCAUGGACAUGGACGACACAGAAAACCCCGAGAGGGGUAAAUUGCUCGGCGUUGUGGAACCAGAAGAAGUGAAGCAAAUCGUUGACGCCAUAUUGGAUGAUCCUCUGGAUGCCGCCGAUAUAGGGGCGAUCGGCAACUCAACAGAUGAGACGGACAAAGGGUUUGCAGAGAUUGGACGAAAACUCUUAGAAGCUACUGAAGAGGCAUCCAUCCAUGGCAGCAGCGAGGAAGACUUGGACGAUGACGGUGACGUUAAUGAGGAGGAGCGUGACCAUCACGACCAUGAGGAUCAGCAUGAUGAGGGAGUGAGCGAAGCAAUGGAUCUUGACGAGAAUGUCCAGGAUGGCGGUCAUGCACAUGCUGCAGAUGUGGAAGACGAAAUGGCCAUGGAGGAUAUCGUCCUUUGGCCAGCUUCCCUAUCUGCCCGGGUUCGUGAUCUCCCCUAA